AUGCAAGGGAUUGAAGAGCUAAGAGCAUACUAUCUACAGUUGCCAUACGUUUGGGAAGACCUCCCAUUUGGAGAUAACAUUUUGGUGCUGAAGGUCGGUGUCAAGAUGUUUGCCUGUAUUCCUCUAGAUAGGGAAGGCUUACAUAUUGCCUUGAAGUGUGAUCCUGAACGAGCUGAAGAUUUACGCAGUCGUUAUAAUGCCGUUAGACCUGCUUAUCACUUAAAUAAAAAGCAUUGGAAUGGUAUUGAUUGUCGUGAUGAUUUGUCUAAAGCAGAUAUUUUGGAUUUGCUCAAGCAUUCGUAUGAUUUAGUUUGGGCAAAGAUGACUAAGCGUCAGAGACUCGAAGCAGAAGAUAUUUACAAACAAGCAAAAGAAUAA